UGUGGGCUUUUCGUAAAUUAAAAAAAUAUAAAUAAAUUGCUUUAAAAAAAAAGAUGCACUCCUACCGCAACCCAGCUAUCGCAGCGUUUUUACUACUCCUAAGCCAAUUCGCUGUUAUUGCCAAUUCGCAACCGCCACAGGAUUUGGCCGCCAAAUUAAAGCUGGCAUGUCCAGAGCGCUGCGCUUUAGCUUUCCGCUGUGAUCCCUACUAUAGCGGCCCACCUGUAUGGGCGAUUGUAGAUGACAUUUGCAAGCUUUUCAAAACCGACUGUAUCUUAGCCAGUGUCAACUGUCAGCGUCAGAAUGAAUGCAGGCCAAGAUUGGUUGCAACCUCACAGCAAAUAUGCCAGCUAAAGUGUGUGGACGUGUGCGACAAUUUGCCCAGUGCACCGGUGUGUGCCAGUUUUCCCUAUGUGACUGUGCGCGGUGGUCGAAAUGAUGGCAUGUUAACAUUUAAAAAUCAAUGCGAAUUGGACAAGUGGUCUUGUUGGAAUGCGAAAGCAUAUGUAUCUGUCCAGAAUGGUACCUGUUUUUGAAGUAAAUCCUAUCAUGUCGCAUGGAUUAAGACAAGUAAUAAUAUUGGAAAACACUCUCUCACCUCUUGUAAGAAUUUUAUUUAAUUAUUAAUUUUGAUUAAAAGUAAUCGUAUACGAAGGGUGAAUUCCUAUACAAAUUCAUGACGAAUCACGAAUUAUUUUUAUUGCAAAAUAUAAAACUGAAGAGUAAGUAAAUGAAAAAUGUAGAAAAAUAAUA